CAUAAUUUAUUUACUCCCAACCUCUUUGUUUUUAUUUGACAUGACAUAGAAAUAAGUAGUGAAACUGAGAGAGGUCCUUUUUCUAGCCUCAUUAAGAAGAGAAAAAAAAAAUACUUUUGGAGUAGCAUAUAGGCUGUGCAACUUCUCUCCCCCUGCAUUUUGCAUUCAAAGCACAGCUUCUUAUUAAUGAGUCAUGUUCACAAUUCAGAGAAGUAAAGCCUAAGUGAGAGUAAGCCCAAAUUUCUGUCCUUUGGUAUUUAUUCGAAGGGUCGUUUUUUGUGCCUUUUGUAAAUCAUCUUUGACAGCUUCUACCUGUCCCUCUGUCCAUGUAAAUAAUGGCGAUGUACAUAUCCAGAUGGUGAAAUUUAAUCCAAAGAUUUUCAAUAAAUAUCGGGGUUUUCAGAAGUACUAUAAGAUUGGGGUUGCUUUCAGAAGUACUAUAAGAUUGGGCAUGUUUGUUCUUUGUGCGUGAGAGCUGUAUUAAUUGGUCAGAGCAAAACUAUUACAGGUGUUAUGAUUCAGCUUUCUUUUGCUAUUAACAUGUACCAAUAACUCUUCACUUUUCUGUCAUUUACUUCUUUAUAAGGCACUUUGUUUUAUCAAAUAGUACUCUAUUUGUGGUUAUGGAGCCUAAGUCCCAAAUUUAUAAUGACGGGGAAGAAUGUCACAGCAGUGAAUCUGGAUGGACAAUGUACAUUGGCUCUCCUGAAGACGAUGAGAUGAAUUACGAAGGAGAUUUUGAUGGAUAUGAUGACGACAUAGUAGGAGAUCGCAAGAAUAUUAAUGAAGAUGAUGAUGAUACUGAUGACUCUAUGGCUUCUGAUGCAUCUUCUGGCCCAAGUCACAUUAUUAGAAAUGCAAAUAAGAGUCCAAUUCCAAAGGAAAAAGGUAAUGGAAAAGGUGGCUCCAAGAACAACAAAGCCAGCAUGAAGAAUGGUGGUAUUAAGAAUCAAGAAAAGGGAGAGUACUCAGUUUUUUCUGCAAAAGGAGCUAAAGUUCCUUCCAAUGGUGAAAAGGUAAAGAAAAGUAUUUGGAAGGGCAAAGGAAAAUAAACUUACUGGUCCUUAUUAUAUAUCCUCUCUUUAUAUUAUUGUUUGUACUUAAUUUGUAUCUCUUGUGUUAGUACUUAGUGCAUGUUAAACUUUGACUAAGGAUGUUUUGCAAUUAGAAAUGAAUCGAUUUUUUUGUUUCCUUUUGUUGUAACUGGAUACAACGCAAGAGGGUCAAUUGUCAAGAUAUGCUUUGAUCAGUUGGCAGAUAGGAAAUGCAUUAAUAUUAUUAUUCCUUCA